AUGCCCAUCUUCAACUACGCGUACACGGCCACAGAAGUGUUCAUCGUCUUCCAACGACGUGGACCGGAAAUCCGCCAACCGCCGCCGCGACGCCGCCCAACACUUCACCUCCUCGUGGACGACGAUGUGCCCAACUAUCCAGACAUUUUCCGCACACUGGAGUCGAUUGCUCAGUGCCUCGUCCACAAGCCAGAGCGCAAAGUCACGUUUGUCAACCUGGGCGUGUUGAACCCCAAAUACUUUCUCCUCCACGAGAAAGCCGAACAAGCGGACCUGCAACGCGAGGUGCUUGAGACCUUCCAAGGCUGCAUUCAUCACCGGUUCAGGACAAUACAGGGCAUCACCUACCUUGGUCCCCUCACCUCUCAGGAGCGCACCGACCUGGCCAUGAAGAACCUCGCCUUUCUCACGUGGGACGAGUAUCGUGCCACACUAUCGGCGACAGAGUUUGAGAUUGAGACGGACGAGUCGGCCGAUUAG